AUGGCUGAUUUCAAAAUUUCGGCAAAUGAUGUCUGGCAGACCAUGAUGCUGUCAAGAACUGAUUCCAGCACGAAUUUGCAGUUCGGGGCUCUGAUGAUUUCCAAACGACAGGCUGGAUAUUAUGCUAAUCCGGAAACACAAGUUUAUCCUUCAGCUGAAAGUGGUUCUUCUGAAAGUCGGUGUAACUGUGGACCCCAAGUUUCAGGGUGCCCCGCUGGACCACCAGGUCCUCCAGGAGCUCCAGGAGAACCAGGCGAACCUGGAGAGCCGGGACCGCCUGGAGAAUCCGGAGCUGCUGGGCAAGCCGACGCGUAUCCGGGAAGUGCUGGAAAUUGCAUCAGUUGUCCAAUGGGACCACCCGGUCCACCCGGUUCUCCUGGAAACCUUGGACGCGCGGGACCAGGAGGCCCUCCAGGAGUGGAUGGAACGCCACCAACUACUGGACAACCUGGUGAGCCAGGACCAUCGGGACCGCCUGGUCUUCCUGGAAAUCCGGGGCAACCAGGAAAUCCUGGAAUUCCUGGAAGUCCAGGAACCAAGAUUUUACCGGGUGCUCCAGGACCAGCUGGGCCUGCUGGACCACCAGGACCACCUGGUACUGAAGGCCCAGUUGGGCAAUCUACUCGAUCUCCACCUGGACCACCAGGGCCAACCGGACCACCUGGGCAAUCGGGUCAAGCAGGUCCUCCAGGACCACCAGGGCAACCAGGAAGUCCAGGAAUGCCGGGCCCAGAUGCUGCUUACUGCCCGUGUCCUCCUAGAACCGCUGCAUCUGGAAUUGUGUCGCCUAUCGACGACAGUGCUUACAAACAAGACAACGUGCAGGGUGGCUACUUCAGAUAUUCCGGAAGCGCUUCGGUCAGAAGGUCGCGUUACUAA